GUCUCACUAAAGUGCAUUUUCAAUACUUCACUUUAUUUCUUCUUUCUAAACCCACACAAUGAGCAACAACGAUGAACCCAAAGAUUUGCACCAUUAUUUUCCAAAGGCUGCCAAGCCUAUCGUUACAGGUCAGUCUACCAAACGGAAGAGUUUGAUCAUGAAUAUCAGUAAAAAACCAACACUAGUGGCUGAACCAAUUCAACCCCAUAAACCAAUCAGAAAACCCCCAGGACAAAAGAUCCCAAAGCGUCUCUCUCCACUGCAUUAUUGGAAAGCUCAUAAAUAUACUAGUGAUAAAAAAAACACCGAUUUAAGCAUUCGCGAUGUUAACGUCAUUAUUUACUGGCACUUUGAUAAUGUCUGCAUCAAAGGAAAGGUUGACUUGAACAAUUUCUCCAAGAGAAUUCUCAAGGGUUUGCGAACACUUAGAAAAGAUUAUGAAAUUGAAAAAAUAAUUGGGAUUGGGGACAAGCGGGGAUUUUCGGAUGAACAAUGGAAUGCGUUUGAGAAUGAUCCUAAAAUGGAGAUGAUACAUAUUCCUCAUGUUGAUCGCAGAAAAGGUAUGAUAAACCGAAUUGUAGGGUAUUUAUUUUUCUAA